CACACACACGCACACACCUUCCAAACAACUAGACGUCUCAAACUCAUAGCAUCCAGCAGCCAGAUUCAGCUGCAGGAGGGGGCCCACACAGGCACUGCGAGCAAACCAGCGUCCACGAGCUCCUCCGUGCUCGAGCCGCUCCUCCGUGCGCGCGCUCAGAGACAAGCUUCAGAGAGCUUCAGAGAGCAGACGAGAGGCAGCGGGGGAGAGAGAAAGAUGGAGGUGAGGGUCGGGGAAAGACUCCUGUGCCUAGCUGUGUUGUCCAGCGUCUUCUUCGUGGAUUCAGUCGUCGGGAAAUACGUAAAAGGCAUCGUCAACACGAAAGAGGACUGGGUUUUCCUCACUCGAUUCUGCUUUCUCACCGACUUUGGUCGUUUGGACUUCCGGUUCCGCUACCCAAAGUCUCGCUGCUGUCAGAACAUAUUGCUCUACUUUGAUGACAGCUCUCAGUGGCCAGCUGUGUACAAGAGGCCUGAAAAGAACUGCUACCAGAAGGAAGCAGUACUGAGGCCAGAGAACAACCAGGUCAUCAACCUCACAACACGCUACACCUGGUCAGGCUGUGUGGUGGAGGGAGACGGGAACGAGGAGGUUCUGAGCUGCGUGGGCGGUCGUAGUUUCCGCUCGGUCAGGGAGAGAUGGUGGUACAUCGCUCUCAGCAAGUGUGGGGGCGAUGGCUUGCGGCUGGAGUACGAGAUGAAGCUGACCAAUGGCCAGUCUUUCUGGACGCAGCAUUUCUCUGCAGAUGAGUUCGGUAUCUUGGAGACGGACAUCACGUUCCUGGUCAUCUUCUCCAUGGUGUUCCUCCUCUCGUGCUACUUUGCAUACAAUCUGAAGGGAAGACAGCUUCUUCACACAACCUACAAAAUGUUUAUGACUGCGGCAGGUGUGGAGGUGUUCAGCCUGUUGUUCCAUUGUGUCUACUGGGGCCUGUAUGCAAGAGACGGAGUGGGAAACGGUAGCCUGAAAAUACUGGGGAAAUUACUGUUCUCCGUCAGUUUCUUGGUGUUCCUCCUCAUGCUCAUAUUGUUGGGCAAAGGUUUCACUGUCACCAGGGCGAGGAUCAGUCACAGCGGGUCGGUUAAGUUGAGCAUCUACAUGACGGUCUACACAAUCACCUACGUUAUCCUGUUCAUCUACGAGGCAGAGUUCUUUGACCCUGGCGAGGUCCUCUACGCGUACGACAGCCCUGCAGGCUACGGACUGAUGGGCCUGCAGCUGUUAGCCUACGUGUGGUUCUGCUACGCCGUGCUGGUCUCCCUGAAACACUACCCUGAGAAACAGCCCUUUUACAUCCCGUUCUUCACCACAUACACGCUAUGGUUUUUCGCAGUGCCUGUGAUGGCUCUGAUCGCCAACUUUGGGAUUCCUCGCUGGGCCCGCGAGAAGAUUGUCAACGGCAUUCAGCUCGGCAUUCACCUCUACGCUCACAUCGUCUUCCUCAUUAUCACACGACCUUCAGCAGCCAAUAAGAACUUCCCGUAUCAUGUCCGGACGUCCCAGAUUGGGAUACUACUGUCCAGUCCGAAAGGAGGCGAGGGGACGGAGAGCUUCCCCCAUCACGCCUAUGGAAACAGCUCCUUCCUGGGAGACUCUCAACCCAACUUCACUGAACUGUUCUCCAUUCAAUCAGACCCAGUAAAGACGGUGGAGGAGACGGUGGCCCGUAAAGGACCUGAGGUACCGAGGAACAGCGAGCAGAAGAUAAUCACCACAGCAGCAGACCUGACAUCGAUACUGCCCCCACCUCCACCUCCGAUACCCCCACGCCUGGCCACACGCUCGCCACCCUUACCACCCCGUCUCCCGUCCUUUACAGAGUAUUUCAGCAUGCAGAGCGGUGGCGGAGGAGGAGGAGGGGGAGGAGGGGGGUUUGGAACAAAGGCAUGAGACUGAGACAGAGACAGAGAGAGAGAGUUGGGAUGGCACAACGAGAACAGACUGGAUGAAUGCCAUUAAAAAGUAAAGUAAACGUCAGAGUGGAAAUCAAGGUUUUUCUGUUUAAGACGAAAGAGACGGCCAAAAAAAAAAAAAGUUUGGAUGGAAGACAAAGAGAAAUCAUCAGAAAAGUGAUUCUCUAAAUGGUCCCUUUUCAACCUGUGAAUGAAAAUAACCCUGAAGGAUGUCAGCGGAGGUGGAAAUGUCUGUAAGAUAGGAGUGCUGAGCUUGUUAAAUAGUAAAGAAGCAAUAAAUAUUUAAUGUUGACCAGUAAAAGGCACACAGGGAGAAAGAUGACAAAGUGGAUGUAGCCAGAGCAAUAGAAUGAUAUCUGUGCACGGUGCGGAAACGAACAAAAUCCUUGAAAUGCUGUUAUUCAAACAUUCAUGAGGCAUUGAUGGUAUGCCUGGAAGAGUUUGUAAAUAGCUUAAACAGGAGAGAGCUUCUACUCUAUAUAGUUUUAUUUAAAAAAAAAAAAGGAAACCUUUUUCAUGUUUUUUUUCCCCCACAUUAUUAAAUUCCAGUCGGUGCUGUGAACAUCAGAAGAAUCUCAUGCCAUUAUGUUUAUGUAAAAAAAAAAACAUUUUUGGAAAUGUUUGACACAUUUUGAUAAACCAUAGAUAUUUACUCUUAAUGGAGUUUGUUGGAUGAAUUCAUACUCUUCUAUUUCUACUUCAUUGCAGCUGGUUAUUCUGGAUUGAUAUGCUGAUGUGUAAAUGUAAAAUGUCACGUUUACUGUGGGCACUCGUAAAACACGCAUGUUUGUAUUGUAUAUCUCGUCCAACAAACUGAUCUAUGUACUCCAUGUGACCAUUCAAUAUUGGCUUAUCGUGUCUAUUGAAAUCUAUACCUUUGUAUGUACAUACAAAAGGCUUCAGUCGAUUUUUCAAUUGGACAAAUUCCAUUUAAAACCUUGUCGAGCUGUCAAAGUCAAUCUUAAACCAGUAUUAUAUGAUAUUGGUUUUGGUUGAAUUUUUACCAGAGUCCAGAAUAUGCCUGCUUUAAAAUGUCAUUUCUGUGUAUGUAGACGUUGGUGAAUGUAUUGAUGCAAUACAGCACAAGGACAGGGGUGAUUUUCAAGUUACUGGAACACUACAAUAUAACAUUGAAUACUUGUCCUUUCUCUUUUACGGCUCUCAACUGCAACACAUCCAUGAUAUAAGAGCAGGAGGCUGCAUUUCUGAAUAUACUACUAACUUUAUCCUCACCCCUGUCUACUACCUGAAACCUGAGUAUUUGUUGGUCUAAUCUUAUUGUUAAAAGCUAAACAAAUAUAAAUAGUUUCAUAUUCCCUGACAUUGAGCUAAAAAGAAGAAAAAAAAAAAAGCCUUGUAGAUGAACUGUGAAAAUGGCAACACACCUGUACAUUUUGUCUGUCCUGCAUGGAGCACUUUAAUGUUCCUGGUCUUAGUCUGUUUAUUCGUGAUGAUGUCACUUUUCUACGACUGCUUUGAAACCAGUAUUCACACCCAGUAGUGUUCAAGAUGCAUAAGCCUGUAAAUACAGUCUGAAAAUGACCACUAGCUGCCCGGACAUUUGAAGGAACGCAUCAUGCUUAGCCAACUUAAAUGAAUAUUGAAAAUAAGUUGAUGAUAAGUCAUGUAAGAGUGUCAUUGAAACAGUUUAUCACCAGCUGUCUACAACUGCAAUUCAGAGACUAAAAAUAUCAGUGAAAGAAAAAUAACAAAAAUCACCUGUUUUAUCUGCAUCAUUCACUGGAUUAGUAGAAGUGGUGGUACUCGUCUAAUUGACUAUAUUCACACAAAGGCCAUUUACCUCUAAUGUCACACUCUAAUUGGGAAGCUCAUAUGCUGUUAUAAUGUUGUCCUUCUAUUUCUCGUUAUCCAACACAAAACCACAUUAGCUACCAUCAGAAAAAAAAGCUAACCUUAGCAUCCAGCCAAUCUAGCUAGCAAUACCAUUAGCAAGGAAGUAGCAUCAUGUUGACGUUAAUCUAUGAACGUGUUGAAUGAUACAAGAGGAAUGGGAUAAAUUUGUCACUAACGCUGAUGUUGGGGCGCUGUUAGCCUGCGGUUAUGUAUGGAGGCUAUAGUCCCCAUGGCAACGGCUGUGGGUUCAAAUCCAGCCUCGACCCUUUGAAUGCUAAUGGUAGCUGUUUUCUGAUGGUGGUAUCAGUGGUUUAGAAAUAAUAUUUGUUAAUACAUGAUGAAGCAUAGAUUUCUAUAAUUUUGUCUCGGUUAACAUUGGACCUAAUACUGUCUGGUAUUAAGUUAAAACAUCUGAAGUGAAGCCCAUCAGCUACUAUUAGACAAAAGUGUAUCUAAGCUUUCAGCUAUUUGCUACCAAACAUUACGAUUGGCUAGGAAGGGGCUGCACGCCAACCCUGCUUUUUAAAGUCUUCAAUGUUUAAAUAGGAAUGUUAUAAAAUCCUAGCUAGCGCUUAUGUUUGCUGAGAAAUGGUGGAAUGCUAAUAUUAGCUGCCCUCUUAUUGUAACUUAUCUGAUAUUAAAUGUUUUAGCUGAAUCACGGUCUUGAUUUAGUCUUUGUAGGUGCUUAUCAAUUUGGAGUUGGUUAUGUCCAUCUUUCAGCCUCCUGAUAAAUGUGAAAAAAACUGACGACACAGCAGAGUACAACAUUAUAACAGCAUUGGAGCUCCCCACCCUGUGGAUGAUGUCAAGGGGAAAGUAGCCGCUGUGUGAAAACAGUGAAUACUCCACUUAUUCAUCAGUGACGAUCUUGCUGUAAUGGAGAACUUUAAGAUGUUAGGAUUGUGGUGUGUAACUUGUACAGGUGUAGUCAGAGGUGUAAACGUGAAACAGAAUGAUCCUUGAAUUGCAGUAUAAAUCAUUAUUGUGGAUCAUGUGUGGUUAAUAUUAGGCAUAUAUGCCAUUUUGUCUGCUGUUGCCUAUUGUUACGGUUGCCAUGACUUGACUGAAUAGAGGCUGGGUGACUCGGCUAACAGACGCGACUACUGAUACUGCAUCACUGCUUAAAACUUGUGUGUAGAUUGACACACAACAACGGGACUGAGAGACGCAGGGGAGAGACGUUGAAGAAAAGAGAUUAUGUAUGCAUGACAGAAAACAGCACAGCUUUUAGGCGACUCAGAUCUGGUUAAGAGCACAUCUCUCAAGCACUGUUCAAAUGCAUUUUAAUGGUGUCAAAUGACAAUUCUAAAUAUGCUGUACAUAUGACUUUUUGCCAAAAUAAUAAAAAAUUCUGGUUUUAUUA